CCGCCGACGCCGCGACUGUCCACUCGCUGCAGUUUUGUCAAAGCCAAAGGUGAAUCUUUUUUUACGCAUGGGAAGGGAGACGCUGCCGCGUUUUGCUCAAGACGAGACGCAUUUUCAUUCAGUGCUAUCCGGGCAAUACGACCUGCUACAAUAGUUCAUACCGCGGCGGCCACAGCAGUAUAUUAUCGGUGUAUCGAUGGUUUCUUUUGCGUUCGUUAACGUGCACCAGCACCAUUGGUCGACUUGUCCAUUUUAAUUUUUGAUUACCAAAAUGAGUUCCUCAAUAUCCAUACAAUUGUUGAUUUGCAUAGUGGUAUUCUUACCGCCGUGUUAUAGAGGAGAAACCGAAUUAAACAAAGAAGACUCAUCAAACCAGUUCCUAAAUCUCAAAACCGAAGAUCUAGAAAAUGCAAUUCAAUAUGGUACCCAACAAAUUAAUAUGCUUUCUCGCCACGAGGAUUCGUUAUCAUAUGCUGAUGUUCAUGUGAAAAUUGGAAGCCCGUCUCAUGGACAACUGAUCGAUUCACAGCCUUCCAUAGACGGACAUUUGGCAUCUCGGAAUGCUGAGAUUGUUAUCAAAGCGUCACACUACAUAAUGAACAAACAUUGUUCGGGCAGCGGGAUUAGUAAAAUACAAUGUGCCAAAGACUUAGCAAAAGUAAAACUAGACCAGACUUCUUUGGGUCAGAUGUGUUUGUCAAAGUAUUUCAACGAAACAGCGUGUGACGGAAAGAACUUGAAGUAUCGUAGUGCAGACGGUUCUUGUAACAAUUUGAAACGUUCCUUUUGGGGGAAGGCAAACACGGCUUAUAAACGUUUACUGUUUCCAGUCUACAAAGAUGGCCUGAGCUCGAUUAAAGAACUGCCCAAUUCUAGAGAACUGAGCACCGGACUUGUCAACGACGAGAACUCGCCCGACAGCGUGAAAACGAUCGCGAUGGCGUACUGGACGAUUUUCAUCGGCCACGACCUAUCACACACGGCGGUUUCCAGCAUGCUGAAAACGAACAAAUCGGUGGACUGUUGUAACGAGAAUGGAAUGAAGCAAUCGCCCCGGUACACACACCCGUCGUGCGCGCCCAUCAUCAUACCGAAAGACGAUAGAUUUUUUUCACCUCUACGCCGCACGUGCAUGAACUACGUGCGUUCGGUGCCAGCGAUGCGGACCGAUUGCACGUUUGGACCCAGAGAACAGCUGAACCAGGCCACCCACUAUUUGGACGGGUCGAUGAUAUACGGUUCUUCGGCGCAACAGACGUGGUCGUUGAGGAGCAAGUCGCGAGGUCAACUGUUGACGCACACCGGCGGCGACGGCGAUAGCGAUAGCGACAGUGACGGCGACCCGCUGCGGCCGCAGUACAUGCCGCUGGCCGCCAGCGAAUCGAACGCAUGCCAGUCGGACAGGGGCGGCGCCGGCACGUGCUACACAGCAGGCGACGUCCGGGCAAACGCACAGCCCCACUUGACGGCCAUGCACACGCUAUGGAUGAGAGAACACAACCGGGUAGCCGGACUUCUGGGCGUCGUCAACCCACACUGGGACGACGAGCGCGCGUUCCAGGAGGCCAGGAAAAUCGUCACGGCGUCUAUACAGCACGUCACGUACGGCGAGUGGCUGCCGGCGCUGCUCGGCAAAAAGUACACCAAGCGGAACGGGCUGGAACUGUCACCGAAGGGGUACAGCGACGCAUACGACGAGAACGCCGACCCGACCGUCAGCAACAGCUUCGCGACCGCGAUACUGCCGUUCGUCAAUUCCAUGUUUAACGAGACUCUCAGUUUAUACUUUGAAAACCGAGUGACCAACAAAAGUCUUUCUCUAAAGGAGCACUAUAACCGACCUUCCGAUUUACAGAUGAACUACAUGGAUCACCUUAUCAGAGGACUGUCCAUGCAGAAUACACAGAAAGUCGAUAUGUUAUUCACGCAAACGAUUACAAAUUACUUAUACAGUCAUCCGGAUAAUAUGUUUGGCAUGGACAUUGUCAGCUUGGAUAUACAGCGAAGCCGCGAUCACGGUAUUCCAAGCUACACACAAUUUCGAAAAUAUUGCGGACUUAAAGAGAUAAAAAAUGUACAAGAUUUGACCCAGAUCAUGGUUAAAGGAUCAACUAAUAGAUUAUUGAGGCAAUAUAAAACUUGGGACGAUAUAGAUCUAUUGAUAGGUGCAUUGUUUGAGAAACACGAAGACGACGCUAUGGUAGGCCCAACGAUGAGGUGUAUCAUUAGAGAACAGUUUAUAAGAACUAGAACAGCAGAUAGAUAUUUUUAUGAUCUACCAAAAGUAUUCAAAAAACAUCAACUGGCAGAAAUCAGGAAAGUGACCCUUGCCAGAGUCUUUUGUGACAACAGUGAUAAUGUCACGAAGAUGCAGCAACGAGUAUUUUUUAAACCUGUAUCUGCUGUAGAUGAUUUGCUACCUUGUGAUUCCCUAUUAAUUCCAAAAAUCAACCUCAAACAUUGGUUAGAAACAGUCGAUACAAAUCGGAAAUAACUUAGAUAUGAAUGUCUAUAAAAGGUCAUAAACGUUAAUGGCUAUUAUUUGACUUGUGAUUGAAGCCUACUGACCACAGAUAACUUGUUAUUCUUUUUUAUUGUUAGUUUUAUUACUAACCAUCUAAAUCACUUGCGUCAUUGGCCUACGUAUAGUGUACACAUAGGCUUUUAUGAUAACAACUAUAAAUGAUAAACUAUACAAUUUAAACAACAAAUUCCUUUAGAGAAUUUAGGCAAAUUAGAUUUAUUUUUUUUUAAAUAAGUUACAACUAGACGUUUAAAGAUUUUAUUGUAUAGGUAUUAUUUGAUUUUUCAUAUUGUACUCAAUGAAAAAAUUAAUCUUAUGUGGAUUGUUAUCCAAAUUUCCUAUUACAUCACUGUACCUUAUUAAUAAAUUGUAAAUUAUUAAUAAUAAAAUACCGGCUUAACACUUAUUUUUAAUAAUUAGGUAUAUUAUUAUCAUAAUAUUACCUUUUUAAUUGUGAUUUUGUAAAUAAGAAUUAAAAUUAUAUAAGAUAUUAAAUAUGUACUUGUUUUAAAUUGAAAUCUUAUAGGGUAAAAUUAUAAUACAAUUUUUAUUUUAUUUUUUAAGUGAUUUUUAAUGUAGUAUCUAUAGUUAGUUAUUAUAUAUUUUAAUAAUGAUGGAUAUAUAGGAUUACAUUCUUAAGGCAUGGACUACAUGUGGUAGUGAACACACUAGUCCUAUUAUUAAAACAAAUGUGAAUUCCAACAUUAUUUGUUAUUUAACUUGUAUAUUCCUUUUUUUAAUGAGUUAUUAGGAAUAUUUGCAAAAUAAAAGAGUUUUGAGGGCCCAACAAAA